AUGUGAAUAGUUAUCUAACUUUGUAUGCAAGUGUGUUUUUGAGACGAACGAACCGGGUGUUAAUUCUUUGUAAAACCAUAAAACCUAGGAAUAUACCAAUUAAUGGCAUAAUUAACUCUUAAUUCGCUGUUAUUUCACAACAUUCCUUAAACAAUGAGUGAAUGUGUAAUGUCUUCGUCAGGCCGACCGAGCAUGGGGCCUAUAACCCUGCCUGCGGUCGCCUGGUUUGAGUUCCUCUUGGACGAAUCUUUACUCGAAAAACAUUUAAAAGAACUGAACCCAGAUCCAACCCCAGGACAAAUGAUAGUCCAUUUCAUGCAACAGGCUGAAACUCACAGCAAUGCUGCCCUCCCUACUCACAAUAAAACCAAUUCAGAAUUGAGUAACAACCAUACAGGAUCUGUGGACAUCAAAUCAGAGGAUAUUCCAGAAAUAAAGCUGCCAGGGUUUAACAAAAAGGUCAAAGCCUUGAAGAUUCUUGCUCUGAAAGUUGCUGCAUUUCUUCAGUGGGAUUUGGAAGUUUUAAGUAAAAGCCUCCCAUUAACCAUGACUCAGACCUUGCUGCUUGAACUGGUGCGGACGUGUGUGGGUAGCGGAAGCAUCGAGAAAGUUAAUACGGUUCAGGAUUACGACAAUUUGAGUGAUGAGGCUGCAUUUUCCAUGCAGCUCUUUCACAGAUGGAGUAUCGAAACAGUUGUUAUGGAUACUUUUCCCAACCGUCCACAAAAGACAAGUUUUGUAUCUGUACCUGGAGUACAAGAAACUAUGUUUACCUUGGCAGGUAUCAAUGAAUCUCUAGUUCGUCUUUUGAAAGAUCAAAUAAAAAGUUCUGUUGAAAAUCUGCAGACAUUUCUUCAGAGUUGUCGGAAUCUUAAAGUUCCAACAUUAUCGUAUUUUUCGAUUCCUACUGAAAAUACCGAUCCAUUGGAGAAUCUUUCUGAACACUGUGUCAAUAUUUCGGUGAAUGAAUUUAAAACUCAGGUGUCCUAUUCUUUGGGAAUGUACUUUUUCCAUUUAGAAGAAUAUUCUGAAGCAUAUGAAAUGUUCAAGAUCACAGAAGAAUCUUUUGUACCACGAGGUUACUACUGUCGAGUGAACGAUGAACAUCUGAGAGGCUAUCUGGUUGCCUGCCGCAAUAUGUUGUCUGUCUCGUUGCCUUCUUCAUACACCCUGUCUCAUUUUGAAAGAGCAGAAGAAUCAAAAACCAAAAACUAUGAGGCUGUUCCGUUGAUCGGAUCAACUGGAACCCUCGACGCCGUAAGCGACGGAGUGCCAACAACUCAGCAAGAAGUCUACCGAACCCUCACCUGUAAUCUACAAGGGGUAGUCCACAAUUUACUUAUAUGUAUUUCUAUAUCUGUUCAUCCACUUAUGAUUCAUCUAUCUGUCUUCUAUGUCAGUGAUAUCAGCAUGUUGAGUUUCCAAGUGAAUGCCUGUAACAUUGUGUCGGAGGUGAUGGAUGGGAAAGUGGUGAUAUCAGCAUUUAUGGAUGAGAUGCGAAGUGAAGGACAGAAGGGAGCAGAGUUCCUUCUAUCUGUGUUAUCGCAUGCUAUCAAAGCCUCAAAUGAUACCCAAAGAGAAUACCUGAAAGGGUUUACAGGGUACCUUGCUCAGCUUUUGCCAAGAGAAACGAAGUUUGUCGCUCUGCUCACGAAAAGCGAUGUUUACUCUUACCUGACUGAAACCGAACGUGUCGAAAUGUUGAACUUUGAAGACAGGGAAGAUGUCUUCUGCGAGGAAAUUUCCUGUGAUUAUGGCACGAUGUCUUACCCAGAUUCUGUGUCGGCGGUCAGUGAAGCGGAACGACAAAUCUUGUACGAGUGCAAUCCACAGAAGGUCGAAGAUUUGAUCAUUAAACUGACGCAGAAGUGGGGGCGACAUCCAAACCAAAUAAUGGCCCUCACUGAUUGGCAAGUCCCUAAACCACUGCGGCAAAUGCUGGAGAGUAUGCCAUCUAGUAUGCAGCAAACGUAUGCUUAUAUAUUGGUGGGCAAAUCACGCCAUUGCCUAAAGCUGAAGGCCUACAACAUGGCACGGGACUUGUUAACAUCUGCCAUGAUGGCAAUAAAAGACUACAACUUUGCCCUCACCAAGCACCAUCAGUAUCAGAUGCUGUUGGUUGACCUGUAUCAGGCCGACAGCAGUGUGUGCAGCAACGACAAACUGCAUGAAUUGGCCAACAAGGCCAAGUCUUGUUUGAACACCGUCAGAUCUGGACAAGACACCCCUCCGACACCCGAAGUUGUGGAACAAGCUGCUGUGUUCUUGCUGAAUGUCAAAGACUGGGAAUAUCUCAGUAAUAUGGAAGGUUCCAGUAAUGGUUUUAUUGAGGUCAGUCUUCUUUUGGCAAGGGCUUGUAAAGAAAUCAAUGGAACCAAGACUGCUCGUAAACCAGCUCGAGAUUUCUGGGAAGCAGUGGGGAAUAUCUUUUCUGACAAUCUUUCUCAGAAAAGGUCGAUUACAGGUCGUGAAACAAUGAUACAUCGGAACAAUUCUUUGGCAGUGAUGUCAAAAGAAAGUUUCUGUCAGUUUAUCAAGAAAAUCAAGGAACCAACCAUACUUAGUUUCUUAAUUUCUUGUUUGACCAAACUGUACAAUAUUUUGAAGGAUAACAUCAGCAGUGAAAUCUUCAGCAAUUACAUCACCAUUUGGCCAACCAAUAUAAACAAUAGCAGUGCCAUGGAUACAGCUGCCUUAGCUGAAUGUGUGUCCCUUCUAAUGCACCAUGCUUUAUCUCAGGAUCCCUUAAACCCAUCAUGGUUGAGAACAGAAGCAGACAUUCAGUUUGCUCACAAUCAAUAUAGCUGUGCAAUGAAAUAUUACCUGGAAGCUGGUCUUGCUGCAUCAAACUACUUUUCCAUUCCAGUACCUCACCCUAUAUAUGAUGAACAGGUCUACAGAAAGAUGAUCAAAUGUUGUUCCUAUCUCCAGUGUCACACACAGGUUGCCAUCCUUUGUCAGUUUCUUGAAAACAUUGACUACACGACGGCGUUCAAAGCCCUUCAAGAGACGACCAUCUACGAUGCCCAAGACAUCUACUACUACUUCAUCUGGGACCUCAGCAUUCUGGAAUUCCUCUCACAUUUACAUGCUAAACGAGGAGAACAGGUUAAGAAACAACAAGUCAUGAAAGCUCUGGGCCAGAUGGAUUUGAAUGUCUGCAACCCUGAAGACAUUCUGCAAGAAGCAACUCAGCACCGCAAGAACAACUUCCUUCGUUCACUGGCCAAAUUGUACUUAUGAUGAUGACGACGACGACGACGAUGAUGAUGAUGAUGACAACAGUGAUACACAAGUAGCAAGAGAGAAGGAAAGAGAGAGGAUGAUGGUGGUGGUGGUGGUGGUGGUGGAGGUGCUUGAGAAAAGGCACGAAGGAGAAGUGGACAGCAAGAGAAAGUGGAGACGACGGUGGGGGUGCGGGUGUGGGGUGGAGAUGAGGGGAGGAAGAGGAUAAGGGCGAUGUGGUGUGUGUGUGUGGGUGGAGGGGAUGAGGGUGGUGGGAUCAUCUUGUUGGUCCCAAAUUGAUGAUACUUGAGAAAAGUUUGAAGUCUUCUCUGUGACACUAAGUUUUGUUGAAACACAUUACCAACUUCCUGCCAAUGAUUGAUACAUUAGUAGUAGUAGUAGUAGUAGCAGCACUACUACUACUACUACUAGUCUUACUAUCUCUGCUUGAAGUUCUCUUCAUGACACAAAUCUUAACAAUAUUUUUUUUUUUCUGGUCUUUCAUUAUUUCCAGACAAAAGAAGUUUUUGUUGUUUCCAAAACAUUAAAAAAAACAACAACAACAACAACAACAAAGAAAAUGAACAUAACAACAGCAGAAAACUUUCAACUCCCCUCCCCCACUCUUGCCAACAUCUUUCUCUUCUUUCAUUAUUGUCUUUGUUUAUUUAGGUUUUUAUGUUUGCAUAAGCCUUUCUACUAUUGGUCAAGGCCUGAAAUUUGGGGGAAGCGGACUAGUCGAUUACAUCACCCUCAGUGCUUCAGUGGCACUUAAUUUAUCGACCCCGAAAGGAUGAAAGGCGAAGCCAUCCUUGGCAGAAUUUGAACUCAGACCAUAGCUGCAGAUGAAAUACCGCUAAGCAUUUUGGCCAGCAUGCUAAAGAUCCUGCCAGCACACCACCUUAGCAUACAUAAUAAUAAUAAUAAUAAUAAUCUCAUCCACUGGCAUGGUGCCACAUCCCUCAUUACUGCAUCAUCCCCCCACCUCUCAGUUGUGGUGGUCUUUUCUUGCAAGUUACUUGGUGACCUCAGCCAGUGUUACAUAAAAAGCAUCCAGUACUCACUGCGAAGUAGUUAGUGUUGGGAAGGUUAUCCAGCCAUACAAAUCAUACCAAAGCGGAUACUUGGAGCUUGGCACAGCCCUCUGGCUCAUCAGCGUCUGUUAAACCAGCCAACCCAUUUCGUCAUGGAAAACAGAUGUUAAACAGGGAUGAGGAUAAGAGACUCUAGAACUGUGAUGAGUGGGGGGGGGGGCCUUUACUCCUAGUUUAGUAUAGUAGGGUGCAGCAUAGGUUACUUAUCCUUAAAUCAGAGAUGUGGAUGCAAUACAUCCAACAGAGUGGAUGCCUCUAAAGCUAAUCAAGGACCCUGGGUGGGGUGUUAGGAGUGUUAAACCAGAUAAAGGAUUCAGCAAUGCUUGUGAAGACAAAAGCAUUUCUCUCUCUGUCUCUCUCUCUUUCUUGUUCUUUCUGCCUAUUUUAAUUUUUAAUCCACUUUUGUAAUUUUAUAAUCAUUGUAACAAACAAGUAUCACAGUUCCAUGAUUAUUUCUCAUUAAUCCAUCAACUCAUUAAAGAAUUAUUCACACUAACUCAUUA